UACACUGAACUGCUACCCCUUCCAUAACCUCUGUGUUUGUGAGUGAAUUCUGAGUUUGGAGUGCAAACAGAAACCGCUUCCUUUUCCUUCUCUUUCUUACUUUCUUGCUCUUGUGAACAUGGCUGCUGAACUUGUUGGAGGAGCUUUUCUCUCUUCUUUUCUCAAUGUUCUUUUUGACCGGCUGUCUGAUCCUGAGAUCAUCAACAUGAUGAGAGGAAAGAAGGUUGACCAGAAGCUGCUUCAAAGGCUGAAGACCAUUCUAAAUGUGGUUGAAGCUGUGCUGAAUGAUGCUGAGAAGAAGCAGAUCACUGACUCUGCUGUCAAGAGGUGGCUCGAAGAUCUCCAAAAUGCUGUCUAUGAUGCUGAUGACUUGUUGGAUGAAGUCGCUACCAAAGCUGCUACUCAGAAGGAUCCACCAGGUAACUUCUUGUCUCGCUUUCUCAAUUUGCAAGAUAGGGAGAUGGUUAGUAGGAUUGAAGAAAUCAUUGCUAGACUAGAAGAUAUUGCAAAACACAAAGAUAUCCUUCGUCUGGAAAAGAUUGCAGCCAAGAACAUGUCUGGGAGGAUUCCUUCAACCUCCUUGGUUAAAAAAUCUGAUAUAUUUGUUGGAAGGGACAGAGAGCGAGAUACCAUAGUGAAAUUGUUGUUAGAUGAUGUUAACAAUGGGGAACUGUCUGUCAUUCCCAUAGUUGGCAUGGGUGGGAUAGGAAAAACUACUUUGGCUAAAUUGGUUUACAAUGAUGACAUGGUGCAGCAAAGAUUUAAUGUGAAGGCAUGGGUUUGUGUUGGUGAGGAGGAAUUUGAUGUUCUUAAGGUGACAAAGGCUCUGAUAGAGAAAACUUGCAGCCCUUGUUACUCAAAUGAUUUAGAUACAGCUCAAAAUCAUUUGAAGAAUGGGCUAGCAGGGAAGAACUUCUUGGUUGUUCUGGAUGAUGUAUGGAGCAGUAAUCGUGAGCAUUGGCAAAGUUUUCUAAAUCCUUUUGAAUGUGGAAGUGAGGUAGGCAAAAUUCUUGUAACAACACGUCUUGAUACAGUUGCUUCUGUGGUGAAAUCUAAACAUACUGAAGCUCACAAUUUGAGUUUGUUGGAUGAAGAACAAUGCUGGUCAGUGUUUGCAAAUCGAGCAUGGGAUCCUGCAGAAUCCCGAGAUCAUUCAGCUUUAGAAGAAAUUGGUAGAAAAAUUGUUGAAAAAUGUAAAGGAUUACCUUUGGCAGCUAAAACACUUGGAGGGUUAUUGAGAGGGAAAGAUAAUGAAAAGGAUUGGAAUGAUGUUUUGAAUAGUGAAUUCUGGGAACUCUCUGAGGAGGAUAGCGUGAUUCUUCCUGCAUUGGGAAUCAGUUAUUUCCACCUUCCUUCGUAUUUAAAACGUUGCUUUGUUUAUUGUUCUUUGUAUCCGAAAGACUUUGAAUUUAAUAGAGAUGAAUUGACAUUAUUGUGGAUGGCAGAAGGUCUUUUGAUACAACCAAAGAGUGGAAACACUUUGGAAGAAAUUGGUUGUGAAUAUUUUGAUGAUUUGGUUUCGAGAUCAUUUUUUCAACAUUCCAACUCUGAUGAUAAUACAUUUGUGAUGCACGACCUCAUGCAUGAUUUAGCAACAUUUUAUGGUGGAAAGUUCUUUUCUAGAAUCUUUGAACUCAAGAACACAGAAAAGCAUGAUACCAAAUCUCACCACUUGUCAUAUGCUCUCAACAUUUAUAAUGAUUCGCUUAUGAAGAUCGCAGAAGUAUGCCAAAGGUUAAAACAUGCGAGGACAUUGUUGCAAAUUAAUUCGGCUAAAUAUGGUAGAUCGUUUACGAGAGUAACUGUUCCCUGUCACUUACUAGAACAAUUGAAGUGCUUACGAGUUUUGUCACUUCAAUAUUUUUUAGCUGAUGAAAACUUGUUGCAUCGUUCAAUUGGUGAAUUGAUCCAUUUACGUUAUUUGGAUCUUUCAUACACAUCCAUCGCGACGUUGCCCGAAUCGUUAAGUUGCUUUUACAAUUUACAAACCUUGAAGUUGAGAAACUGUGAUCAACUAAAAAAGCUUCCGUCCAACAUGCAAAAUCUUGUGAAUUUGCGUCAUCUUGAUAUUUCCGGCUCUUUGUUGGUGGAAGAGAUGCCAAAAAAGAUGAGCAAAUUAAAAGAUUUGCAAUUUUUAAGUAACUAUAUUGCAGGCAAACAUGAAGAGAAUGGGAUUGGAGAAUUGGGAGAGCUAACACAUCUUCAUGGGUCAUUGCGGAUUGAGAAACUAGAGAAUGUUAAGAAUAGUGGUGAAGCAUCGAAUGCAAGGAUGGAUGAAAAAAUACACCUGAAUGCUUUAUAUUUGAGUUGGACAUCAUUUGAAGAAAGUGAGGUUUGUGAUUCCCACACUGAAAAAGAUAUACUUGAGAAAUUACGUCCUCACAAAGACUUGAAGGAGCUAUCCAUCAGGCGUUACAGAGGUACCAUGUUUCCGGAUUGGGUAGGGCAGCCUUCGUACCACAAGAUUACUAAGUUGGAGCUGAGGAGAUGCAGGAAUUGUUGGAUGCUUCCUUCACUUGGACAGUUACCCGCUCUAACGAGAUUGGAGAUUUCAGGAUUUGAUAUGGUGAAGAAGAUUGGUGGUGAAUUCUAUAAGGGUGAUGGAACUCAUCAGCAUCAGGAGACACCCUUCCGAUCCCUUAAAUCUCUGGAAUUUUAUAAUAUGGGUUGCUGGGAGGAAUGGGAGUCAUAUGAAUAUGAUGAUGAUGAUGAUGCACCAUUUCCUCAACUUGAGGAGCUCCGUAUUUAUAACUGUCCUAAGUUAAGAGGAGAUUUGCCCACUUUCCUUCCGUCUUUGGAGGAGCUUUGGAUUGAAGCAUGCGAGGAGCUUGGUUGUUAUCUGCCAAGAGCUCCCAUGAUACGCGAAUUAAGAAUAGAUGGCAAACAGGAAGCAAGAAUGCGGGAGCUACCACUUUCCAUGUUGGAGAAACUAGUAAUUAAUGGAGAGCAGCAGGUGGAGUAUGUGUUUGAGGCCAUGACCCACAUCCAACCAACCUCUCUCAGUUAUUUACAGAUCUCAAACUGCUCAACAGCCAUAUCAUUUCCAGGGGAUUCUUUGCCCCCUUCAUUGCAAGACCUGUACAUCCACGAUUGCAAGGAUGUAGAAUUCCCAAUGCAACACCAACAACAUCACUCGCUACGGAGAUUAGAAAUACACAACAGCUGUGAUUCGCUUACAUCCUUCGCAUUCCCAGCCUUCCCAAAUCUCAAGUAUCUCACAAUUGAAAGAUGUGAAAAUUUGACAUCUCUGGAGGUGUCACAGUCACAGUCCCUCGAACUAUUAUGGAUUGAAGAAUGCCCUAAGCUGGAGAACAUAAUGAGGCUGCCUGCCUCUUUAGAGACUCUCAUAAUCAGAGAAUGUGGGUUGUUGGGUGAAGGCAUAGAGAGGAAGGACCCCCGCAUUUGGCCAUCCAUUUCCCACAUCCCCCGCAUUCGACUUGAUAGGAAACUGAUUCUCAAUGACUCAACAUCUUAAAACAGCAAAAAGAAAUUUUGGAUCAAGGAGACACAUGGGCCAAUUAGAAUGCAGCAAGGAGUCUCCCAGUGAUGAGGAUACAGCAACAAUGUAACAUUAGAGCCUUCUAAGAAGAGGUAGAAUUGUACCUCAAGCAGCAUUCAAAUUUGGAAACUAUACAGUUGAAGGUUUGGAAGUAGCAAGAAAAUUAGAAAGUGAGAGGGAAGAAUAUCAUCAUCCAAAUAGUAAAAUCAGAAUGUGUUUACUGUGUAUGGUGUUCACUUUUCUGUAAAAGAAAAAAGGCAUGAGUGUUUGUAUGUGAGUGAGAGCAUCUAGCAAAAGCCUUAAGAGAGUCUGAGUGACUUGUAAUCUUGACAAUUUGUAUUCUGAAUUCAUUUAGUGAAAAUCCCACCAUCUGUUCUAACUUU